AUGGCUUCCUCCGCGAACCAACAGCAACCCUUCCCAUCUGUGCCUCCAUCAAUGUCCGCUGGCGAUAGUCAUGAGAUGCGAGACUACUACCCACCGCAAGAUGCACCACGACCUACAAUAAACCAAACACCAAACUUCAACCCAUACCUCGGCCUUCGAGCUAGGCUCUCCCAGAUAUGGAUCAACCGCUGGACCAUUCUCCUGCUCCUCGUCCUUGUGCGACUACUCAUCGCCAUCGCAACCACUGACUCAAGCCUCGUUUCCGCUCGUCGGGAAGCCCUCAGUGCUUGCACCCAAGUCGAGAACAUUGGCAGCUCCAUGGCCUCGAUGCCCCACUACAUGUCCUCCGGCCUCAACGAAAUGACAGCUUCUGGAGUUGAAAAGGCAGUCAGUGGCCUCAUGACGAUGCUCGAAAUGACAGUCACGGGUGUCGAAGAGAUUGUCCUCUUCGUCAUUCACAUGAUGACAAGUACCUAUCUCUGCCUCAUCACCCUUGCCGUCAGUGGCAGUCUGCACGCCGCUGUCGAAAUCGGCGAGGCUGUCAACAAGAAAUUGAACGAGACCAUCAACUCGGUCACCGAAGACAUGGGCGACGCUGUCAAGUCCGUUUCCGACGGCAUCAACUCCAUCAUGGACAAGAUCAACUUCAACAUUCCGGGAUUCACCAAACCGACAAUCAACCUGGACGAGCAAAUCAAAGAGCUAAAGAGCCUUGAGCUAUCUCCCGACAUGGCAGAGAACCUCAAGAAGCUCAACCAGUCAAUCCCUACUUUCAAGGAGGUGCAAAACUUUACCGACAACAUUAUCCGCACCCCUUUUGAGGAAGUCAAGAAGUUGAUUAGGGGCAUGAACACAUUCGAGUUCGACCGUUCCGUUCUUCCAGUGCCGCAAAAGGAGGCACUCACCUUCUGUUCCGAGGGCAACUCAAUCAACAACUUUUUCAAUGACCUCAUUGAGUUGGCUUACAAUGCACGGAAGAUCGCUCUUGGUGUGCUCAUUGUUGCUGCUGUCCUUGUUUGCGCACCCAUGGCUUGGAUGGAAAUGCGCCGCUACCGGAAGAUGCAAGAGCGUGCUGCCCUCUUCGCAGAGGGCCACGAAGGCAUGGACGUCGUCUAUCUUGCGUCCCGCCCAACUUCUUCCGGUAUUGGCCUAUGGUUCGGUAGGCGCUUUGGCUCAGCCCGUCGACAAGCUGUCAUGCGCUGGGCCUGGGCGUACGCCACCUCCGUCCCCAUGCUGUUUCUGCUAUCUCUGGGUCUCGCUGGUCUCUUUGCAUGCUUCUGUCAAUACCUUUUGCUCAAGGCCAUCGAGGACAAGACCCCAGAACUCACGGACCAAGUCGCCGACUUUGCCGGAAAAGUUGUCUCUUCGCUCAACAAUGCGUCCAUUGCAUGGUCCAGCGGUGUCAACAGUGCCGUUGGUAACUUGGAUAGCAAAAUCAAUGACGACAUCUUUUCUUGGGUCAACACCAGUACGACUGCAGUCAAUGAUACUUUGAAUGCAUUCGUCGACCAGAUGAGCACCACGCUCAACGACACGUUCGGAGGCACUGUGCUUUAUGACCCCAUCAAAGAAGUACUCAACUGCUUGAUUGGGCUGAAGAUCGAGAGCUUCCAAAGCGGCCUCACCUGGGUACAAGAGAACGCGCACGUCCAGUUCCCUGGCGUCGCUAACGACACCUUUUCUCUUGGUGCCCUUGCCGAAAAGGGCGACUCAGACUCGGCCUCCGAACUUCUUGCUGACCCCAGUGGCAAAGCAAAGGAUGAGAUCACUGAAUCAGUUGAGCGCGUUAUCGCCAAGCUCAUGAGCGGCAUUCAGACUGAAGCGCUCAUCUCCACCGCCCUAGUUCUAAUCUGGCUUUUUGUAGCCAUCGGUGGUCUCGUCUACGCCUCAACCCAUCUCUUCCGUCGCGACUACUCAGAAACAGGACGCAACCCUUAUGCUGUCAACCCUGCCAUGGACCAUGAGUCCAAGAUUGCUGCCGAUUACCCUACUACCGCGCCACCGCAAUAUGUGCCCAAUGACUACAAUGUCAACAAGGCAGCGCCCUAUACGCUUGCACCCCGGCCUUUUUCAACAUUCGACCAAGAAAGUCAUGUUGAGCCUACAACAGAAAAGGUCGGCCGUGUUGGUGCACAUGCGGUGACUGAAUCGGCGCGACCAGGCCACUUGCGCACGAGUAGCCAUGGACAGCUUGCUGAUCCCUCGCCUGCUGACGACCGUACUGGUCCCUUCUCGAAUCAAUAUGCGCCGUCGCCCUAUCCACAGGAAAAGCAGCGGCAGAAUCCGUUCAUCUAA